AUGCCGAAAUAUGGACACGUGAUUCGAGGAUCUAGCUUGGCAACUCGAUGGCGCCAUGAUAGUGUCAUGGAACUCUCCUGGAACUAUCAUAGAACUGUAUCCAAAGAUACAAGGGAAGUUCUCACCGCCAGAGACUGGCCGACAUGGGAAACUUCAGCAAAAUCAAUAAAUCAACUGUCACCGCCAGAGACUGGCCGACGCGAACAGUUGUUAGCUACAGUAACUCAUAACUUCACCGCCAGAGACUGGCCGACACGAAGCUAUGGCUUCUCCUAA